AUGUUCCGAUUGCUAAGUCCUUUCGGGACACCGGACGACGGUCUGUUCGACGUCGAUACGACGAAAUAUCAACUCAGCAAGUCUGCCAGCAGGUUGGAUCAUUUCCUAAGCCAUGAUUGGGCUUCCAGCCGGUGGUUGAAGCUGAUGUCUUUGCUGGUCCUUCACAACUCCGGGCCUGCAUUCUGUACUUCUUUGGCCACAAGCCUUCUGGUGGGCAUCCUGGUUGCUUGCGAGCUGCUGCCCUACAGCUUGUGGACUCCGCUGUUAGGACAUUUCAGCUUCUUUUUUGUGCUGUGCUUCUGGCAACGGAUUCGAGCUUCGUUUGGCCACCCACUCAUGGUCUUCUUGGACGUUUUGUGCAUCGCGCAGCACGAUGAGAAGCUGAAGAAGAAGGGCAUCCUGGGCUUGGGUGCUUUCGUGGUGAACAGCAAGAGCCUGGUGGUUCUCUGGACUCCGCGGCCCUGCGACUUCUGUUCAGUUCAUUUUUGGGUUUGGCGCUGA